AUGUUGCCUACCAUUGAUAAUGCUCGGUGGAUCACACGGAUCGUGAUAGGUGCGAUCGUUAUCGGAAGCGUUCUUGCCCAAGGCAAUGUUGGUGAGUACUGUGUGUACGGUAACGAUCCCGGAGUCUGUCUCGGUUACAGUGUCUGUCGGCCAUUGCUCGAACAAUCGCGGAUAGUAAAAAUCUGCGGCUACACAGCCCAGCAAGCGGUCGUCUGCUGUCCGGUCGACUACGAACAGCGUCUGCAGCAGCUAUACAACCAAAACCAGCGUGUCAGUGAACGAAAAUGUAGCGAAUAUCAGGCCCCAUCCAGUUCCGGUCUGCUGCUUGGGUCCCUCGCAGUCGGUUCUUCCGUCGUGAAGGUGAAACCUCGCAAACAAUGUCCGACCGAUCAGAACCUUAUCGUUGGCGGUAAGGCGGCACGCCACGGCGAGUUCCCGCACAUGGCCCGGCUAGCUUUGCCGAACGAAAACGGCGAUAUGACGUUUCGUUGCGGUGGCACGCUCAUCAGCGAGCAGUGGGUUAUGACCGCCGCACACUGCAUCGAGUCGGACAGGAUCAUGGUUCGGUUGGGCGAGCUGAAGGAGGUUGAUGAUGAUUUUGACCCGGUCGACGAAUGGGUGGUGCAGGUGGUGAAGCAUCCCAACUACAAACCACGCACCGUGUACAAUGAUAUCGCACUGCUAAAGCUAGCCAAUCCGGUAUCCUUUUCGUUCCGGGUUCGGCCCGCCUGCCUUUACACCCAGCCAACGGUGGAUCGCAAGAAAGCGGUAGCGAUCGGAUUUGGUUCGACGGAAGCAUAUGGUGCUGGCUCGAAGGAACUACUCAAAGUGUCACUGGAUGUGUACACCACGCCCUACUGUUCCCAGUUCUUCCAACGCAACCGUCGCGUACCGCAGGGCCUGCAGGAAACGCAUCUGUGUGCCGGUUAUUCGGCCGGUGGCCGGGACACCUGUACCGGUGAUUCCGGCGGUCCGCUCCAGAUCAAUUCGGGCGAUGAGGCGUGCGUGGCGCAAAUUAUCGGCAUUACCUCGUUCGGUAUUGGGUGCGGUUCGACAGCUCCCGGCAUCUAUACGCGCGUCUCGCAGUUUGUUGACUGGAUCGAACAGAUCGUUUGGCCAUCGCAAAGUGUAGACUUGACGAAUGGGUUACGCUUUAGCUAA